CUACCAAAAAUAUCGACAUCAAAGAAACAACACCACUUACGCGCUCUUAUAUCACACGGCGCUGUUGUUUCUCCGGCGAUUUAGAUACCCGACAUCAAAAUACCGGUGUCACCUUGUUGUGCAGUGCGCAAAAUAAUUCGACGUCAACAUCCAAGUUCCUCUUAAAACAUCUUCAAGAUGCCCCACGCAGUAACUAUCGCGACUCCGGGCCUCCAGGCCUUGAUCCUGUGCGGUCCCGGCAGCUCGUUUCCCACUUUCACUGCCAACCCAGAUGAGAACCCCAAGGCUCUCCUACCAAUCGCCAACAGGCCCAUGGUCUGGUAUCCUCUCGACUUUUGCUACCGCGCAGGCAUCACAAACAUCACCCUCAUCUGCCCCCCUACGGCCCAGCAAGCCAUCCAAACCGCCCUCAACACAAACCCCUUCCUCACCAGCCUACCAUACCCCAGGCCCGACCUCCUAGCACCCAAGGACCUUGACCAGAACACGGGCACAGCAGAGAUUCUACGUCUCCCCGAAGUACAAGAAACAGUAACCUCUGACUUCCUCGUCCUUCCCUGCGACUUGGUAUGCGAGCUCGGUGCCGACAAGCUCCUCCAAGCAUGGAUGGUCAAGUCUGCCAGUCUCACAGACCUCCUUGACGACACGCGGUCCGAGAAUGUCCCUCCCAAGCGUAGCGGUGGUCUCGGUGUAUGGUAUCAGACCAAGACCGCCACCCCCAUCAAGGGCGAGGAGACCGAUUUCCUGGCCACUGUUCCUCUACCAUCCUCUUCCGUCAGCCCUCCCAGAGGCUCGCUGUUCCCCAACAUCUCCAAGGUCGUCUACUCAACACCUACCGACUCGUUGAAAGAUCUCCUCGAAGAAGAGAAAGGCUUCCCCAUACGCCACGCCCUUCUCAAGCAACAUCCCCGCGUGCGCAUGCUGACCACCCACCGCGACGCUCACAUUUACAUCUUCCCCCACUGGAUCAUGGAUUUCGUGAGGGAGAACGAACGCUUGGAGACCAUUGGCGAGGAUGUCCUAGGUUGGUGGGCCAAAGCCGGCUGGCAAAAGGGUCUUUCCAAGAAGCUCGGUCUCGACGCCAUUCUCGGUCAGUCCAGCACCGCCGUCUCCAACACCGACGGCAAGACCUCCCCCGUCGGCUCCCACAGCCCCAAGGACUCCACCGUCAAGCACCCAACGGGCUCGCAAAUCCACGAUGCCAUCUCCGCCUCCGGCACCACCAACCUCGAAGGCCCCGUCCGCCCCGUCAUCCGCACCGGCGACAAGCCCGGUCACGAGGAGACCGAGUCCGCCAACGAGAAGCAGAACGACAGCACCAUCCCGCCCAUGCUCGCCUACAUCCACCCUUCCUCCUCUACCGAUUCUACUUCCACCCCCUUGAUCCGCCGCGUCGACACCGCCCAGCUCCUCCUGCAAAUCUCUCUGCAACUCGCCAAGCUGCCCUCGAUCGAAGAAGUUGGUUCCGCCGAGGCCGCUUCGCCCUUCGCUCACACGCGCAAGGUCGCCUACCCGGAGGGCGUCAAGCCGCGCACGACCAUCACCAAGCAGGACUCGCUGGUGGCGGACAAUGUCACGGUCCAAGAGAAGACGAGCAUCAAGGAGUGCGUGAUUGGCGCCAACUGCCAGAUUGGCGAGGGCGCCAAGUUGAGCCAGUGUCUGCUGAUGGACGGCGUGGUGGUGGGCAAGAAUUGUAAGCUGACUAAGUGCAUCCUUGGUAAGCGCAGUGAGGUGGGCGAGGGGUGCACGUUGACGGAGUGUGAGGUGCAGGAGAAUCUGUUGGUUGAGGCUAAGACGGAAACAAAGAACGAAAAGUUCAUGUCCUCUUCCGGUCUCGAAGCUACCGAGGAGGAUCUUGCCGAGGAUGAUGACGAUGAGGAGAACGAUGGCAACGACAAUGACGACGACGAGGAUGAGGAGGAUGAUGAGUCGGCGGAGGAAUAGGAUAUCCUUUCUGCUCCAUCGACUCCGCAAACUCACCAGCACGGGCACCAGCACGAGUCGCAGCAGCACGCGCCGCAACAACACCAGCACCAUGAGUCGCAGCAGCAGCAGACAAGGUCCAGAAAAGGAAGCUGGCUCAGUCGAUUGUCGGGGUCAGGAGGAGGAGGAGAUGAGUAGUCUAUGUGUCGUCAAGUGGCAUGUUUGGGAUUGGUUGGUUGGUUGGUUGGUUGAAUGCUUGUUUGAGUACACAUACACAUACCCUUUAGAAACGGUUCUAGGUUAUCCAAAAG